AUGGAAUUUAGCUUGCACAUGCCUACCCACCUUGCUACUUUCUCAACAGGCCUAAAAGAUGAAGGACUUCGAUAUGACUUUCAUCUGUUUCUCUUCUACAUUACCGAAAAUCUGGAAGAAGAGUCGGAAGAUGCCCGAGUAUUAUCCCUUCUGUUCCUUGUGCAGAAUGAAGCGGCAACUUCCUCCAGUUCCGUGUUGCAGCAGGUGCUGGAACUUAUUGGCCUCGUAUUCCACCGCAAACUCUACUACAAUAAGCAUGCGACCCGCUCUGGUCGUACCGUUCGAGUGCAACGUAAAAACACCAUUGAGCUUCCACUUCUCCUUUAUUACCCCCUCCAUCUUCUACAUUAGAUUUAGAACGCCGAGCAAGCCAGUUUGUUGGUGAUGUCACUUUAUUGUCAGAGGUGUCAUUGUAAACCUGUCUACUAGCUGCUUCGCUCACUAAAUGAGAACCAUACUACCCCCCCUCUUCGCAGUAAAGUAGAUCUUUAGCUGGACAUGUCGUGUAGAACUCGACUACGCAACCCUGAUAUGAGGUAGCUGUAGUUUACUCUAGUACUCAAUAGACUUCUAUGCUCUUCGCGCUUUUGCUAGUUUCACUUGUAGAAGCUUUGCAUGCUUACUGUCCGUACAAAGCGAGGGCACAGCUGCGUUUUCCUCUUUUCCGAAUCCUUGCAGCUCAUCUAUUACUAUUCUAUCAAUGCUCGUCGUAAAAGGUACGAGCCGUUGACCUCAACCCAACCUCCAGAUUCAAAGGAGGACCGGUACUAUAUUAGAAUUUUUGUAAAUUUCUUCGUAUGAAUGUAGUUCUUGCACUCGGCACUGCGCAACUGUUUUUGAUGUAGCACCUAAGCUACCUUUACAUCAGUUGACAGAAGCAGAUUUGGGGUACAAUAAAGAAUGAGAAUCGGGAUGCAGCAGAAACAGCUGAGUUGGUGUCGCAGAAUCAAGGAUGCGGAUCAACAUCAAAUUUCCGCCAGCUCCAGCGCUUCCCGUUGCGACGCCUGUCUCGGAGAAGAGGACAAGUAGAUGACUAGGUUCCCGCAGUCCUAUACGAUUUCUACCGUGAACGCGUUUUGUUUCGACGAUGAUUUAUCGAUCACUUUUCGGAUCAGUCAAGCCAAGUUUUUUGGCAUCGUAACUGGCGUUUUCGCUUGUGGUAGAUGAUCAGCGUUUCCUCGUCUCCCCUUGCUAUGUGGCCGGAGCAUUAUACAUCUGCACAUCGGACGAGCGUCAAGCUAGAGGGAGAUUUCGUUGAGCGAUCAAAAACGUAAACGUAUAAAAUAUGUCAGCAC